UUCACAACAAAAACUCUUUAAACUUUUUAAAAUCAAGAAAUCAUCAUCUGUUGAACGAUUCAACGGCAUUGUUUCCCGGCAAAACAAAGGUCCUCUCAUUCUCAUUUCUUUCAACAACCAAACAAUUCCCACCCAAAAAAAAAACAAAAUGGGUCCUUCAAAAUUUCACUAGGGUUUGUUCUUGGUAUUUGGCUGCAAAAUUUCAUCCAAUUCUUCAAACAAAAAAAAGGGUAAAUUUGAUCUUGGGAAAAGGGAAGACAGACAGAAGAGGUGAAAAGGGGAGUUAUUGGGUGAUCAGCAGAUCAGGUCUUCUGAGUGUAGAAGAAGAAGAAGAAGAAGAAGAAGAAGAUCUGAAGAAAUAUGAGUGCAUCAAAGUUCAUAAAGUGUGUGACAGUUGGUGAUGGGGCUGUUGGAAAGACAUGUCUGUUGAUUUCUUACACCAGCAAUACAUUCCCCACGGAUUAUGUCCCAACGGUAUUUGAUAAUUUCAGUGCCAAUGUGGUUGUCAAUGGCGAAACGGUUAAUCUAGGCUUGUGGGACACUGCAGGACAGGAGGAUUAUAACAGAUUAAGACCGUUGAGUUAUCGUGGGGCCGAUGUUUUCAUUUUGGCCUUCUCUCUCAUUAGUAAAGCCAGCUAUGAAAACGUCUCCAAGAAGUGGAUUCCAGAAUUGAAGCAUUACGCCCCUGGUGUCCCAAUCGUUCUUGUUGGGACAAAACUCGAUCUUCGAGACGACAGUCAAUUCUUUGUAGAUCACCCUGGGGCAACUCCCAUUACUAAUGCUCAGGGAGAGGAAUUGAAGAAAACAAUUGAAGCUCCUGAGUACAUUGAAUGUAGUUCAAAAACACAGUUGAAUGUGAAGCAAGUUUUCGAUGCUGCCAUUAAAGUUGUUCUGGCGCCUCCAAAGGCGAAGAAAAAGAAAGGAGGAAAGGGUCAAAAGGCGUGCUCCAUAUUGUGAUCGAAAAAGAAAAAAAACAAAAAACAAAACAAGUUGUAUUUCACUGUUCUUCAACCCUUGGACUCAUUUUCAUCUGUUUGUUGAUUGAUUUGUAUUUUGAUAUUUUUAAGUACUUGAAGAUGGUGAUGUACUAAUCCUGUAAUUUGGCCAAAAGGGGUUUUUCAAUGAAAGUUAUACUGGCUCAUAUCAUCUCAAAAAA